AGCUGCUUGUUUCUGUUCCUCUCUUACCCUCGCUUGCCUUUUCUUCUGGGUUGCAUGCGCCCUGAUAGGUGCUUUAGCGGCAGAGACUUCGUAUGAGAAAAGAACGCGUCGUCGCCCGCAGAAACCCGGAGUUGUUUCCGUUUUAUCACUUAUUUGCGUAUUGCUUCCUGUCUUUUUUCUUCGUUAUCAUCAACCGUUGUACAUGAGUUGUCUUUUCGCUCCCGAUGCGACCUUCGUUACUCUUCUUGCUCUUCCGGCACUUGGAUUGCUUUGCUCGCUGAAUGUCCAUCCGCGUUGGGGCUCCUUUGUCGGCCGAUUUCUAAUGAAAAAAGACAGCGAAUCCCUACAUUGUUGGAGAAGUCUGUGACUCUGUAGGGGCUCUUAUAGCCUCUUUCGAGAUCCCCCUGUGGCCGUGUCCGCCAUAAAUUUCCAUCUUUGGACCCUUGGGUCAGUUCCCGUCCGAGUAACCGCCGGUCUCUGUCAAAAUUACCGUUGAGCGUCAAUUCUUCAGUAUCUGUCGUCCUUUGCUUUCCACGUUUCUUAUCACAGGGUGCUGGGUUUCUCUGUUGCGAUGAGAAGAUGGUAUUCUAGUUUUUUAAGCACCCCGAAACUACCUUGUUUUUCAAAAGGCGAGCCCCCCUAGGUCAACCGACCGACCGCUUCACUGCCUGCCUUGCUCCCCUUCUCUCUCAAGCUCGCCGUUUGUCGCACAUUUUCCGACUUGUCCAGACCUCUGCUCUCCGUUGUCCUUCUCUGCUGCCUCUCACACAGACGUCGAUACCGCGGUAAAUGGUUCGAAGUUCCCGCUUCCUCGUUGUUUGAAAGGUAGUCGGUUCCAUGGGGAACCCUCGGGAGGGAGGCCGUGGGCCUGCAGUUCCUGGCGGGUCUCUCCCUGCCUGCGACGAGCGACGCAAGCAGCAGCUGGAGGAGCGGAGGCGGGUGAAUCUCCAGACGAAAUGCUUCGAUCCGACGACCACCCGGUUCAGGUUUCUCUCCUUUGCUGAGAGACUGCAGAUUCAGCUGAAGGCGCAAACGUCGCCGCUACGCAGCACGGGGCUCCUCGACCUCCUCGAAGAGCAAAAGGCUCUUCUGGAAAGAACUGUGGGCUCUGUAGGCUGGGGGAAGCGCUCACAGCCCGACACCCUCUUCGGCGACGCUGAAGCCGAGGAAGAAAGACGCAAGCGACGCAAAACAGAAGAGCUGCAGUUUUCUUCUCUUCGGGAGGUCAUCCGCCACCUCGCGACCGUGCAGCACCCGCCGGCUGUCGCUGCGCUUCUCUCUGAGCUGGCGCCUUUGUGCGACUCUCUCCCGCUUCUUCUCUUUCACCGCGAACGCAUCUUGCAGUCUCUCCUUCGCCUUCUUCUCGAAGACGAGGCGAUCACCGUGGUUCUCAAUCUCCUCCAGGCUCUCGCCAAGGACUUGCGAUCGGAGUUCGUCGCGUUUCUUCCUUCUGUCUUCUCCUCCCUGCUUCUUCUCUCUCGCCAGCUGGAACUGACAGUCGACGCGGAACGUUUGCGGCUUCUUUUCUCCUGCAUUGGAAGCAUUUUCCGGUAUCUUGCACGCCCCCUUCUGCGCGAGUUUGACUUUGCUGUCGCUCUCUUCAUGCCAUGGCUCUGCGGAGACGACGCCUCGCCUCCUUCGGGAGGAGAGAGAUCGGAAGCAGGGGAAGCGCGCGGUGGGAGGCCCGAGAAGCGCGACGGACCUGGACGCGCCGGUCGAGCAGAGAAUCGGCAGGGCGCUCCCGCAGCGAAGGCGAAGAGGGAGGGACACAAGAAAGAGACGGAGGAGACUCCGGAGCAGAUGCCGUCUGUUUCGAGAAAAGGACAAACUGUCACCGAAGAAAUCCGGCUUUUGGCUGCUCGUGCCUUCGCCUGCUUGCUGCGGAAGGCCGGCGGAGAAGAGGGCGACUCCGGGGACCUCUUGGGGUGCAUCGAGACUCUCUUCAGACACAUGAGCCGAUGUUCACUCUCCGCGCGCGAGGCGUACGGGGAGAGCGUGGCGAUGAUUCUUUUCGAGAGCGUGAAGUCUGUCCAGCUGUCUUUCAAGCGCCCCUUUGACUGCGUCGUUCGCUUCCUCUUCGCCACGGUUCUCUUUCAGAAGCCGUACGUGGAAGCCGGCGAGAGGUCCUGGGCGCCUUCGCUGAGCGCUGCUUUUCCGUCGGGCAACGAAACUGACACGCAGCUGGAGGGUGAAACGGACAUCAGAGAGGCCGACGUCGCCGCGAGAGGAGUGGAGGAAGGAGGGCAGAUGGCGGAAGACCGCGAGAGCGCGACAGAAGGAAAGGGCAUCCCGAAGGUGGAAGAUGCGUUUGCUGUCUACCGCGCCCAGGUCAAGUGCCUCGUGUCCUUCCUGCUGCAUGCGCGCCAACACACCAAGGCGCUCGAGAGUCCAGGAGCGAAGAAAAUCGAAGCGUUGCUUCUGGAGUUUUUUUCCGUCGCGGUCAAAGCGGCCCCUUCCGCGCUUCUCGCCUCUCUAGCCAAACUGGGCAGGUCCGCGGCUGACGAAGAGACGGACGUCAAGCAUCCUGCGAACAGCAUGAACCUGUUUUCUGGGUCGUUCGCCUCCGUCCUCGCCUCUCCCUUCCACGCCUACUUUUACAACUUCCCUGCUCCCCAUCUGUUCACAGACCACAUGUACCUGUCUGGCGUCGACCGCACGUCUCCCCUGUCCUCAUGUUUAUCUCUCGCGCUCGCCGCUUCAGGAAAAACUGGCGGGUCUCUUCCUUCGUCUCCCGCGUCGCCGCUCUUCCUCGCCUACGGCCUACUCACGUUGAUAGAGCUGUCCGGCGCUUGGGUCUUUGAAUUGCCGCGCCUCGAGGGGUCUUUUGACGCCUUUCUCUGCCGCCUCUUCACGGUGCUCAGUCCCGCGCUCCUGAAAAGCGGAGGCGACAAGCAAAAGCAGAAAACAAAGCAAGAUUCCAGGAAGAAAAAGUCUUGGGAGGGCUCUCUCUGGCGAGUGACCGCGACCGAGGAAGAAGCACAAGAGAUCGAACGCGCCCCGCUGGUUCUCCAGCCUCUCCUGGCCACCUGCGUUUGUCUGCGCCGGACGCCGGUCGCGAAAGAAGCGCAACAAGGAGAGAGGUCGCCUCGUCAAGGACUUUCUUCAACGUCGUUGGUUGCCUCGGAGUGCUUGUUUCUCUCGUCGGCCUUACAGCUCGAAGCUGUCUCGUUCUUCUCGCUCUUCUUGCCUUGCGCCGUGCUUCGCCUUCUCUCCCUUCUCUGGCGAGCAGUACCCCUCAGCUUCUGCAGCGCAGUCAACGCCGUCUGGUCGUCGACGUCUUCAGAUCUUUUUGGGGGCCUGCUGUCGGUCCCUCUGAAGUUCCUUCAGUUCUCGACCGCGCGAGCCCUGCCGCUUGCGUCGCCCGCGCAACCUGCGACUCUCCUUUCUUCGUCGGUCUUCCCAGUCAAGUCUUCUCCAACCUGUCUCCUCGAGGCCUAUGUGAACUGUGCUCUCGCGUACACGUCCAUGCUACAUGCGCACCUCGCCCCCUUUAAGGAGGAGACGCUGCGCCGGCAAAACUGCGUCCACGGCUUUGGCCUUUACGGCCUCAGAUCCACUUGCGGCUUCCUCCUUCGUCUUCUCGCCUCUCAGCCCCGCCAGGUCGCUCUCUCUUCAGCGCUGCCCCUUCAACUCCGUUCUCAUUCUCCUUCCCUUUCUGGUGACAUGCUGGAGUGGGAGAGAAGCGCAGCGUCUCUGCUGCUGGCAGAGGAGAUGUCAGAGUUCGUGGAGGCGUCGUCCUCUCGGCUGGACGCUUCCGGAGUUGACUCUGCGCAGACUCAAGAGAAGAAAGGCGAGAGCAACGAAGGCCGCCUUCUCCUCUUGCAGGCGAAGCAGAGCCUUCCCCAGCUUCUUCUCGCGGUCAUGCGGCGUCUGCAGAAGACGCGCUCCGCGUUCGAGGGGAGUCGUGACUCGGCGCCUCCGCACAGCGGCAGACCGACGCGUUUCGAAGUGGAUCUCGCUUCGGCGGCCCAGAGGCGGACCGUCGACGACUUGGCGUGUACGUACAGCAUGUUGUCUUCGUUCCUGCCGCUGCUGUCGGCCACCGAGAUCCAGGCCUACGUGGCGGGUGAAGGCGAAGACGCAGGGGUGACGAAGAGCGAUCAGCGCCGGGAAGAACUUCAGAAACUCUUAGCCCUCGUCCACACCGAAACUUCCCAUUUGAUUGCCGUUCUCCUUCUGUGGCUAGCCGGAAAGCUGCUUGCGCUCCCGGUGGAUGUACACCUGGCUGCUCAAAACGUGGACACCGUCCUUUCUCGCGACUGUGCGCGCCCUUGUGCAUGCGAGACCGCAGACAGCGACGGGGCUCUGCCGACGACCUUCGCCUCGGUCAGAAGCAGGGGGAAAGUGACGCGCGAGGCAGAAACGGAUGUCACGGCAGUUCUCCACAUCCUUCGGAUUUGCUUCCGGUGUCUAGACACGGCAACCCCAUUGAUACGCGGGUCGAGCGAAGCUGCAGAAGCAGCAAAGGAUCUGGAAGACACUCAGGGGCGGCGACUGAGGACUCGCGCCGGUCGCCUUCCAGCUCCUCCCAUCGAACUGCUUCAGGUCGUUCAGGAAGUCGAAGAAAAAGUCAAGCACACAGCCGCACUGACGCGGGAGCCUCGCCCAUCGUUUUGUGUUUUCUCACUGGCUGCUUGUUCUGCUUUCUCUUCUUCCGAGAAGUGGCUGGCGGUCAUCUUGUCUCUCUUUUCUUCGGGCAGCUUCCUCUAUGAGUUGCACGGGCCGUCAGGCUCCUCAGCGGAGCCGUUCGUGUCGCUCUUUUCCCCUCUUCUUCGAUCUGCUGCUUUCUGCAUCUCCUCUGUUUUGGGGGCCUCGUUUGAAGAAGUAGAUGGUGAGGAAGAGAAGACGGAAGUCCUCGAGUCAAGGUCUUCUUCGCCCCAAGGGUCUGCAUACCUUCGAGACGUCGUUGGCCCUCACCUUGCGUCCAUCCUCUCCUGCUGUUCCUCGUCCUGUCGUCGCGCUCGCCAGGAUGCGAUUUUUUUCCUCCACCUAUGCAGUCCUUUCCUCUGUUCUCUUCAGUCCGUCUUUUCUUCCUCCUGUUCUGUGUCUGCUCCUUCGACUCACGCAGCCUUGGAGGAAGCCAUCAGCGCCCCGUCUUUGCUGCCGCUUCACCGUGCCUUCGCAGACGCCUGCGGCGCCCAGCUGAGAAGUCUGCUGUCUCUGGAGAAACUCCCCGUGGGUCUCGAGACCGAACGCAAGUUGAUAAAUGCGUACGGCGCUCUCGUCCGAGGUGCGACUUCCGUUUUCUCUCAGGGGCUGCUGCUUCUCUCGCAGCCGCUCGACGCAGCAGAGGAGAGCAUGGCGACCCCAGAGGAGGCGCGAAUGUGUCUCGACGUCAGCUUUACACGAACAGUCGCGCCGAUUCUGGAGGCAACCGUCCGUGUGCUCCUCUCGCAACUGUUCGUGAAGUUUUCACCCUUGUGGCAGCCGGCAGUCGACGCCGUGCUGCAGCUCCUCGAGGAUAUCCACGCCCUCCAAGGUGAGGCCCUGCAAGCCGAGGCUUCAGCUCUCACCUCUGCCGCUUUCGCGGCUGCUGUCUCUUCUUCCUCAGAUUCCGCCGUGAGUCUUGGGGAGCAAAGGAGUUCAGCGAGGUCUGUUACCGCGUCUCGGGAGCCGACGGAGGGAGAACGCGAGACCUGCGCCAGCCUCGAACAUGAGGGGUGCGUCGCCAGGAAAACGCCCUCUGAAGCUGCCUGCGCAUCUUCUAGUGGUGAAGCGGAUUCUGUAGCUUCGGCCAGUGUGCUGCGGACAGAGGGAGCCGAGCUGAGUCGCAUGCAUGCACGCUUGAGCUCUGCAUUGCUGUCGACGACCUGGGAGAUUCUCACGGCGCAGGUGGCCCGCGCGGUCUCUGACUUGGGCGCGUGCAGACCCGGCAGACGGGCGGCGGUGCCCAGCUGCCGCAAGCCGGAGGCGUCGUUGGGGCGCCCAGAAGGAGAAACUGUGGAGCCAGACGCGCGGGGCAGAGCGGCAGAAGCAAACUGCGACGUGGAGAGCCAGAGGUACAGUGCAGGUGUCACGGAAGCUGGGGAGAGACAGGAAGGAAGCGAAAGAGAAGCGAACGCGUUCAGCAAGUGGUUUGUGCGGACAGAGUGGAAGCGAGCUCUCGGCGACGACGCGGACGAGGUCAGCGACCCUCUGAGUCGCCAUACCCGCCUUCUUCGGCUUGUCGAGGGAAUCAUGGGCAGCUACGGAAAGGAUGCCUUCGUCACCUCGAAACGAGAAGAAGCAGCUGAACCUGGGGUUCAGGAAUCAGAGGAGCCAGGGACAGAGCACGCCUGCAGGGAAGAGAACAGAAGUGGAACAGUGGAGAAGACUGGAGGACGAGAGUCAGAACGAAGGCUUGUUCCGGGUGCUGAGAGCGGGGACGCGAAGCCUGUGAGCGGACCAGGUUCCGAACCUCUGGCGCAUGCAAAUAAACUGAAAAAAGCCAAGAAGCGCGUCCAAGAGGAAGCACGCAUGUCCGGCUCUCGCGCAGGUGGCCUAUCAAAACGCCGAGAGGCCCUCACGAGAUUUAACUGGCUGCUGCGCCAGACGCUCUGUGUGGUGGAGACUUUGACGGAAGGCGGAGCGGACAACGCUAGUGGGGAGGAAGAAGGCGAGCUGCGGGAGAUUCGCGAGGCUCCCCAUGAGGCAGCAGAGAGAUCUGAGACGCCGUGUGUGUCGUCGGCGCCUCGGGGCGAAGGCGAGCGCCUUGUGACCUGCGAAGAGGCGAUUUUCAGGACCAAUGCUGUCUCGCUCGUCCCGCGUGCAUGCGACUGUCUCCGGGCAGUCGUAGCCCUGUCGCGAGUCGAUUCAAACUGCUUUUUGUCUGCAGCAGAGAAACGUGCGUUGGCUCUGAAGAGCGGCGAGAAGAGCCAGCAGAGCCCUGGGGGGGCUUUGGGCCUCGCGGCAGGAGGAAAGGCAGGCGGCAAGGCCGGCGAAGGUCCAGAUGAGACAGACAGAUUGCUCAAAGAAGCAGCAGAAUCAGAACGACUCUGGACUCGGCUACCUGCUGUCUGUGCGCAGCGCCUUGUCACCAUCGCAGAUCCUUCCCUGCAGCAGCUUGUCAUUCAGGUGCUGCAGCUGUCGCCUGUACUCCGCCCCCAGCUGGCGCCUUACGCGCCUCUGCUUGCUCAGCUGAUCAGCGACAAGAGUUCGAGCAACGCGCUACUGCGACUCCGGCUCGCAGAACCGGAGGAAGAGGGAGAAGACGAUUUGGCUACCGACGACGCGCAAGCUACGACGAAACGGAAGAACGAGCAGGGCAAGGCGACAGUCGCUAAGCUCGUCGUUGUCCAGGAACAGCACCGCCACCUGGUUGUCCCUUUGGUCGUCCGCAUCCUCAUGGCGAAAGUGCAGCACCGAGCAGCAGGGCGAUCUGCGACGGCUGUCUUUGCCGAGCGUCGAAAUGUCUUUGCCUUCCUCUCGUCGGUCGCCGCGCAAGAACUUCCGCUUCUCCUGUCGAUUCUCCUUUACCCGCUUGUGGAUGUCUGGCUUGGCCCCGAGGCCUCGAAGGCAGAAGAAGCGUUUCCGGCGCACGAUUCGUCAGCGGUCCUUCCAUCUCUCUCCGUGGGCGCCGCGUCUUCUGUUCCGCUGUCCGGCUUCCUCAAAGAGCAGUAUCUGUGCGCAUUCGUCGCUGCUCAGCUGAACGCGUCGGCCGCUGCUUCGGACUCCGGUCUGUCUCCACCGGAAGGAAGAAAAGGCGAACUUCUCUCUCGACGAGCAAGCGCCCCUGCCUCACCCGCAGUUCUCGGCGAGUGCACAGUGGACGGCAGGUCUGCUGGCGAGACGCUCGAGAUGUCCGCGCAUGCAGAAAAGAAGGCGCAACGCGUCCUUGUGAGACUGGCGCCUUGCUGCCUUCCCCCGAAUGUGUCCUCGCGGCUUCCUGGGUGCUGCAAGACUCUCCAGCAGCUCCAAGACAUGCUGAAGCGACUGCUGUUCCCCGCAACGCCCUUCCUGAUUCUCUUCUACAGAGCACUUCUUCAGAACAUCGUCUCAACGUCGGUUGCCUCCUCAUCUUCGCGCGAGAUCCAGGGGGCGACGAGAGAGCAGGACGCAGGGGACCUGGGAUCCCCAGGACCCAGUUCCGCCGGUCGCCUCGGCGCGGGGCGUGACGGCCGCGCGUAUGUGAAGCAGACUGUGCAUCUUUGCUUGCUGCUUCUUCGACAGCUUUUGGACCUCUUCCCCGAAGCUUCCAACGUCUGGAGAGACAUUCUCAAACCCGCGGGGCCGGCACUUCAACACCUUCUGGAAGCUGCAGUCGCCACUGCAGCGGCCUCGCCUGCAGGCGGCCGGGGCCCCCACGAAGAGGGGAAAAAACAAAAGAAAAACAUACCCGCCGUUGUCGCCCUGGUCUGCUCGUGGGCCGCUCAGCCGGCAUACUUUUCGUUUUUCUCUUCAGUUGUCCCCGAGGCUCUCCCGACGCUGUUUGCGGUCCCGGCUUUGCCAGCGGUGCUUCGUCGAGUGGCGCCGAGCUUCGGGUCUGAAGGCCCCGGCAGGAGGGCGUUUGGGUCGGUCCCCUUCGGACGCGGACGCGGCGGCUUAGGCGCGUCGUGUGGGGUCCUGGAGGCGGUCCUCGACGCAGCGCUCCUGCUCUCCGUGGGCGGGAUGGACAGAGAGCGAGAAGAAGCGCUUGCGGCCUCUUUCCAUGGAGAGAUCAAGGAUCUUAGGAGGCGCAGAAGGAAAACUCGGGCGCGCGGGAGACACGCUUCCCAGGGCUCCGCGAAGCAGAUCCGCAGAUCCGCGGUGUCAUCGUCUUCCUCAAGUUCCGAGGAGGAGAAGGAAAUGUGGGUCGAAGAAGACGAGAUCGCGCAACGGAGACAGGCGCUGCUGCGUGAACAACGCGAGUUGGAGGCAGAGAGACAGCAGCACGAACGCGAGGGCAUGGCGACGCUUCUCCCGCAUGUCGGCGGACUCCUCGCCUCUCUGGAGAUUCUCUUCCAGCACCGGCGACUGGCGACGCUCGGCGGCUCUCAGGGCGCGACCGCGCCUGCGUUCGGCUCCAGUCAGGGCGCGAGUGGAGACAGAAAACUGGAGGCGGCAAGAGAAGACGGAGAUGCUGGAAAAGCGGGUGAUCAGGUAGCGCAGGAAGAAGGGCCAGACCACGACGAGGGUGGGGAGGAAGAACCUCGAGAGCGAGAAGAAGAUGACGCCUCGGCUGGUCCCCAGCGAAGCCUCUUCGGGGUGGUGAGAGUGAAGGAGCUUCAACUCUUAACACGAAUUGCUCGCUAUGCAGUUGCCGACGUUAACGCGUCUUCUGAGCAGUUGGGCGAAACGCCUCUUUCCCCCACUUCCCCGUCAAAAGGCAGGCCCAAGAUCGAGGCCUCUGCGUCUUCCCUGGAGGCGUCCGAGGCGGCGUCGACCUUCGCGCCUGUCUCUUGCUCGGCACGCGAACAACGGUUUUCCGUCGUGCUCCGCCUCAUCCGCCUUCUCGUUCAGUCGCUGCCUUCUGGGUCGGUGGCUCCGACCCUGAACGCUCGUCUGGGGAGUCCAUCGAGUACCACCAGGCUGCUUCUCUCCCUCGAGGCGCUUCUGCAGCUCACCUUCCCCCUUGCUGCGCAGGUUCGCGCCCUGCAGGAAGAAGAAGGAGCGACGCCCGGCGCUGCAUCUGCGGAGAUCGGAGCACAAGCAGGCCCGUUUGCCGGCGUGGUUCAUGAGGAUGCAGGGCGUCCUGGGGAGGCGUCCAAGGCGUCUCCGUCGUCGCAGCUGCUCGAGCUAAAAGGCGUUCUGGAGGCGAUGACCCGCCAUUGCUCGAUCCUGCUCCAGAGCACAGUGUCGAGUGCUUGUCGCGCAGCAGUCGCCAAGCUUUUCCUCGCGGUUGAAUUUGCUGCCUGCGGCGUGAUGCUCUUCUCCUCUGACACGGAGCUGGACGAAAAGGUCGGGGCGCAGAUCGAACGGCUCCUGAGCAGGCCUCAGACUGGAGCUCAAGAGGAAGACGAAGUGGGCGUGGAAGCGAAGGGCCAGCAGCUCUUGGCAGCGCUCGUGCCGGGCGGCUCUCUGCUUCGAGCGCUCUUGACCGAGAGAGAAGACCAGACGGACGGCGGGGACGCGCGAAUGGAGAAAAAACUGUUGUGCUCUCUCUUGUAUCGAAGGUGUAGCAUCGAAGAGAGGGGAAGUGCAUACGGAGAAACCCAACCGGGAUCGCCGAGAGCCUCUCCAGCCGGCAGGGAGGCGACCGCGCCUGAGGCUCCAGUUGCCUUCGUCGACAACCCAGAAACUCUGUUCCAGUGGAGACUCUCUGUGGCAUUGAUCGUUUUCUCUUUGAACUAUCGCCGGGGGCAAACGGGUCUGUCUCGCGGCCAGGCCUUGACCCUCCUCGCCGACGACGAAGACCAGCCGGACAGCAGCAUGCAGCUGAUUGUCUUGCAUGCACUCGUCGCGAGCGCGACGAUUCGGGGCCUUCCGAGUCCGAACGCGUCGCCUGCUUCCAACGAAAUCGGCCAGGUCCCGCCUGGUCUGCUGGAGCCUCUGAUCCGCCACUGUCUGUUCCUUCUGGGCGCCGCAGGGAUCGAGUGGUCUGUUCAGCAAGCAGCUGCCGCGGUGCUCAAGGCGGUCGUGGACUCCGUUGCCCUGCUCUCUGUCGCGCCUGCUUCGCGUGUCUCUUCUUCCACUUCUUCUUCGUGUAUGUCUCGCCAAUCGCCGCAGGUGCGCAUGCAGUUGCUGGCCCGGCUGGUGAUGCCCUUCGUUCGGGCGCAGCUUAAGGCGCCGGACGACGCUCAGCUUCGCCAGGGUCUCCACCUGCUGGCGUAUGUAGUUAGAACGCUUGCACCCGUGGCUCUGCGGCUUCCUUCGCUCGCUGGUCCUUCGGGCCCGGAGACAGAGACGAAGCGCUUGCGCCAGCUUGACAAGGUCUUCCACCUUGAUCUCGCGUCUCUGCUGGCUGCGCCGCCGCCGGGGGCGGUCGCCGAGGCUCUCCUCGAGCCGGGGACGCAAAAGCCAGGGACGGAGGAUGCCGGCGGGGACUUUUUCAGAGAUUUCCUCCACAUGCAACGCCACCGCCAAGGCCGCGCGCUCCAGCGGCUUGCCCAGGCCGCUCGCGAGAAGGGGGUCGGAGCAACGACGCUGCGGCUCGUCGCGCUUCCUUUGUGCUUUGCCUCGCUACUGCAGCGAGCGAGUCUCCGCCCUCGGUCCGAGGAAGAGCGGAAGAAGAAGCAUUCCUUCCUCCGCAAGGAAGUCUUUCACCAGGGCCUGGCCGAGCAGGCCGUCAGCUGCCUGGAAGCCUGCUCUUACCGCCUCAAAUGGCCCAUGACGCUCAACGCUGUCCGCCUCCUCUCGCGCUUCCUCUCGGACUUCCCCGAACGCGAGGGCUUUCUCUUCAGGGCCAUCUGUGGGGUGGUGCGGGCCUUCGAGGCCCACGUGAAGCAGGCGGUCAGCGAGGCGCUUCACAGGGACUCCCGAGUCGACGGCGGAGAUGAAGGCGCGCAGCGAGAGAGACAGACCGAGGGCGAGGAAAGCGAAACCGAGGAAGAACACGAAGAAGAAGGCCAAGACGAGGAAGAAGAAGAAGAACGCGGAGAAGGCGAAGAGCACGAGGAAAGAGCUGAAGAGGUUUCGGGGAGCGAAGAUGAGGACGAGGGUAGCCGACGCCGAGAGGCCGCAGAGGGGCGCCUCCGCGCGCGACACCGUCUGGAGUUGAUGCAUGCACGAAUAAAGGCAGACCUGCUUCCUCUUCUCUACCGCCUGGCGUUUGGGUCUUCUUCUGGGAAGAAGCCGUCGGAGGGCGGGGACCAGAUGUUGACAUCUCCGCCGGGAACCUCUCAGAGUCGAGGCGCGCAGAAGGGCAAGGAGCAGAAUGUGAGGCCCUCGAUCGUCGCGGUGUUGCUUCUUUUGAUCCGCCUUCUUCCGGCUGCAGACUUCCAGCAGAACCUCCCGAAGCUCGUCCGCAGCGUCGCGUUCAAUCUCCGGUCUCGCGACCGAGACCUUCGCCGAAAGGCGAGAGGGGCGCUCGUCUCCAUGGCGGUAAGUCUGGGUCCGAGUUUCUUCUCCGUCCUUGUUGCCGAAGUCGGCGUUCUCUUGCAAGACCGGAAGCCGUCGGUCAAAAAGGGAGGCGCCCAGGAAGAAGACGUCGCCGGCAGCAGCGCGCAGGCGUUCUAUCGCCCAGUGUUUCUCUUCACCGUCCACGCGAUGCUCAAGGGGCUCGUCGACGAGGAGGAGAAGAAACGCGGAGACGCGCCGGGCAUGGAGGUGGAGGGAGACAAGACCGGUCAUGAAGAAGCCGGACUGGACAAGGCAUUGCCUCUAGUCCUGCCCCUGAUUGCAGAGGAGUUAAGCCGCGUCGCCGAUCCAGAUCGUCUUUCCCAGGAUCCGUCGACCCGUCAGCAUUCGAAGAUCGACGAGGCGCGUCAUUUGAAGGGUCCCUCUUUGGUUUUUCUGUUGGCCUCCUGUUCCUCCGCCACCUCCUGCGCGUCUACGAUUCUUCCCUUCCUCUACUCGCUUCUGGGCGGCAGACGCCGGGUCGGUGACACUGUCUCCUCGGCGUAUUCGCCUGCGUACUUGGAGCGAGUAAAAGAUCUCUUUCUCCACUUCGUCAAGGGUGCGAACAAGAACCGUUCUCUCUCGCCCUUCUUCUUCUUUCUUCUCUCCCGGCGUCUCCUCACCCUCACGGUUGCCCUGCUUCAGUCGCAGCUGCUACACCCACUGCAGCUCGAGCAAGCAGGGAGAAGGCGGGAGCACCUCGAGUUUCUUCUCGCGAAGCAGGAGCUGCGGCGCCAGCAAGUUGGGGGAGGCCGACGCAGGAAGGCGAGGGCGAAUUGUCUGCCGCUCGUCCGGCACGCCCAACUCGCAGAACCUCUUGAAGACGAGGCAGGUGCGUGUGCAGAGCAGGCGGAGUCGCAAAUUCUCCAGGAACGCAUGCACGCCCCACAAGACGAUGACCGAGAGCCGCAGAGACACCGCACCCGCGAGGCUCUUCUUCGAGAAGACGCUGGCUUCUUCCACUGCAUGCUCUUCAACUCUGCUGUCGGUCUGCCAGGCGAGGCAGACAAAGAGCACUCGAGGCGACCCUCAGGCGAGGGAGACAAAGAGGCACACAGCGAGGGCGAGGGCGAAGAGGGGCAGGCGGAAGCGAAUUUCUUGCAGGCUCCAGACAGCCUCGACGAGGCCAUGGCACUGGCCCGCGAAAGGCGCCUGGACGGCCUCCGCGCGGCGGUGGCUGCGAAGAAGGACCGUGCGAUGGUCACGCAGCCUGGAGCUGCCAAGGGUAUUUCUCUCGAAAAAGCUUUGCACAAGAAGAGCCUCAACGCCUACACGCGCCAAGGCUUCGACAGCACCAGCCGAGCCACCACCGUCGGGUUCACAGGCCUACGGCUCCUCCUGUCAGCCUUGAAGCGGUGGAAAUUCCUCCUCAAGAAAGCAAAGCCAGAAGAGAGUUCGGACGCAAAGGUCGGAUCGAAGGUUGAGAUGAAGACGAAGGCGACUCAACGACAGCUUCGUGGGGAGCUGGAGAAAACGACGUUUGCAUUGUUGAUUUGUUUCUGCAGCAACAUCACAGACCUGAUUUCCUGGACGAUGCGCUGUCUGCCUCACCUCCUGCCGCUGCGUCUGUCGGCUCUGGAGUCUCGCGGCGCAGUCGUCGCGAGCAUGACUCUGCGUCUCUUCCACAGCAUGGGGGGCGGGUGGUCUUCUUCUCGGCGCGAGGAGGACCAUCAGCUGUUUCUCGCGUGCUCUCGGCUGCUGCCGCUUCUCCUUCUCCACCCUCAGGGAAACAUGUGGUUCGCUGCAGCUCUGAACCCCUACGUUCGGGUGCCGCAGACGCACCGGCAGCUGCUCCUCACCGAGAUGGAGCGAACGCGCUCGCGCGGGCGAGCGGCGAAGCAUGUCGGCGAGGAGAGAGGAGAAAACCAAGGUGAGGAGAGUGCGGCAAGUGACGGCUCUUCCGAGGUCGGAGAAGAAGACGAACAAGAGCAGACAGACGACGCAGCAGGGGCUGGGGGCUCCCGGCGAGAGCGAUGUCCCGCCGAGGCUGCAGAGGCGGUCUUGGGCAGGGAGAAGGCGAGCGAAGAGGAGAAGUGCAAGGCUGUGGAAGAGCCUCUGGUCUUGUCAGACACGCAGAUGCGGCUGCUGAGGGAGGAGGAAGAGAAGAGCUGGCGAGGGGAGACAGACGUCGAGACGCGGCUUGAAGAGAACUUCAAGGAGGCGCUCCUUGCCCAGAUUCUGCACUCCCUGGAAAGCCCACAGCUCCGACUCUCGGGUCUGAUGCUCUUCAAGACGCUCGUCCUCCCGCACUACCGAGACGUCGCUGCCGCGGUGCUCGCCUCAGACGCAGGCGAGGGAAAGCCUGAGGGUGAGGGCGGCAAGAGGAAGAAAGACAAGGACGCUGGUGGGAAGAAGGCGAGAAAGAACAUUGGCGACUCAACGCUCUUGUGCGACGUGUACCGAGGCGUCGACACAAUUGUUCGCCUCAUGAUUCAGGAGGCCGGCGAGGACGCCGAGGGCCGAAGACUCGCCGCGGUCUGCGGAGACAUCUACUCGCACUUCCUGCUCAACUUCCCCAUGACGGAAAAAACCCAACAGUAUCGCAUUCUCUUCCUCAUCAAGAAUCUCCACUACUCGGCGCCAGACGGACGACGCGCGGUUCUCAACUGUCUCCACAAAGUACUCAUUCGGUUUCCCAGCGAACUCGUCGUCAGUCGCUACAGCGAGGUAUUCCUUCUCGCGCUCUCCGGCCGUCUGGUGCUCGAAGAAGAUCGAACCGCGCACGAGAUGUUGCGCAUGCUUCUUCAUCUUCUCCUCGACAUCGCCCAAGACAGCGACGACCCCGAACACUCCGCAGCCAGUCUUUUUCAGACUGCAGUCACGGUAUUUCUCCAACCGCAGAUUCCAAAGAUCAUGGCCCUCCAGGAGUUCGUUCUGGUUUUUUUGGACAGCCAGCGCGAACGGCCGAUGGCACUGCUGCCGCGCGUCCUUCCACUUCUGCACCGCAUGCUGCUGGUGGCCGCAGACAGAGAAUCCCGGGAGCGCUUCAGAGCCUCGGGGGUUCUCCCGUCUUGUGGCGACUGGCGCGUGAGCUACAAGGCCCUUUUGGCCUUCGAGAAACUGAUGCUCUUUGUCCACCCGUCUCACCUCGACGGUCUUUUUUCUCGGGCUGCGCGAGCGGCGGCAACUCGAGGAGAGACGCUGUUCAAAGUGGAAGGCGGGGAAGCUGGAGAAGAAGCCGAAGCGGCUGGAGUCAACAGUGUCGAUCUGGAGCUCGAGACUCAGGUCGCCGCGCAAAUCUUGGGGUCCUGCAUGCUGCCGUCCACCGGGGCCGUGGGAGGCGGAGACCAAGAUACAUCAGUGCAUUCAAGAUGGCGACAACAACAGGGUUUGGAUGAACAGUUCGACGCACACACCCUCUCGAAGCUUCCGAAAAAGGAUUUGCUCGUAGGCGCGGCCGUUGGCCGCCUCUGGCUGGAGGCUGUCGGGGAGGGUCUGAGACACGAACACCCGUGGCUGCGAGCGGUGUCGCUCCGCUGUGUCGGCGCCUACAUCGCGGCGAAGUCUCCACGAUCCUACCGUCCCUCGACGCCGUGCUUGUUCUACCUUCAUAGAUCUCGCGUUUCAAAACAGUUCGGCCUCAUCGUCUCGGACGGUGCCCCUGCUCGUCCAGGCGCAGACGUUGUCCUGGCUGCGCUAUCACCGUUCUGCAAAGAUCUGUUCCUUGAGAAAAACCCAGCCGCAGUUCUCUCGGCGCGCGCGCUCGUGCUGCCGCUCUUGCAACUCGCCCUGAGUCGGCCUGACGUCGUCGUCGUGCCACCCAGGCGACGCCUGUCUCGCGCUCAAAGGGGCGAAGAAAACAACGAAGGCGCUGGAGACAGUGAAGAAGCCGCAGAAGAGCCAGUGAGCGACACGGGUGACGCGGCAAGCGACGACAAUGAAGAAGAGACAAGAGAACAAGACGAAGAGAUAGGGGAAGAGAUAAAGGACGACGGAGAAACCAGAGAUGGAAAGCUGGCUCCCACCGAUGAGGUGGGGGAGGAAUUGGACGAAGAGGAGGCUUUGGGGAAGACACGAGAGACAUUGGAGGACGACGACGAUGAAGGCGGGGAGGAAGAAGGGGGUGAAGAGUCUGCUAAAGUGGGAGAAGGGAAGCGACGCAGCUCGAGUGGCUCGGACUGCGAGCAGUCACAGGAUGAAGCAGGCGAUGAACAGGACAACGCAGAAGACCUUCAUUCCGAUGACGAGUGCAGCGCGAGCGGAUCUGAUGAGGAACUCGAGGAAGAAAGCAAAGACAGCGACGAAGACGACAGUGAAGAAGAGGCGUCACGCUCGGAAGCGUUAGCUAUGCAGGUGCUUCUGCGCCCGCCAUGCGACCUUGCUGCGUCGACCGAGAACGCGUUGGCUUCGUCUUCUUCAUCCGCGUCGGGUUUCAGAGAAGACAGUUCCCUGGACCUCCUGGCAUUCGAGAACAAGGCCGCGGAGCUCGCCUGCAGUGCCGACACGAUAGCUUUUUCUGGGAAACGAGAUCUGCAGCCUCCAAGUCUUUCUACGCAGCAAGAAGCCACGUCAAAGCGUCAGCGAACGGGCGUGUCUUCUUCUUCCUCAGCGGCUCUUCGUUCUCCUGCCUCAGAGACGGGAAACAGCCCUGCUGCUUUCUCUGAAGGACUCGUAGUGGGGCCUGAGGGCGACAGGGAGACACAGGAACAGAUUGAGGUAACGAAUGGAGGCACAAGGCCGUUCGUGGUGCAAGACGAAGCCUCUCACCCGCUACUGUUUCUGGUGAAGCGCCUAAACUUUUGGUUAAGGCGGCACUUGGGAACUCUUGGCGCGUACCGCCGGGCGCGUUUCAAGAAGGGGUCUCACGGAGGUCGCGAGGGCGAGAACGGACAAAAAGGUGAAGACAUCUGCACAUCGAUUGUGCGUGUCGGGGCUAUCCUGAGCGUCUUCCACGCUCUUGUUUAUCAGCUUCCUCUCCACCCUUCUCGGGGUUUGCAUUUCUCUCCAGAGUUUCCGCUCGGCGCCUCGUCGAAGAAACGGAAGCGCGACAGAAAGGAUGGACGGAAAGGGGCCGAGACGGAAGCCGAUGAGAGCUCCGUCCAUGGCGGAUCUUUAUUCUUUUCAGAGGCACAUCUCGAACGCCUUCUGUUCUUCGUUAUCGACGCGGCGUAUCGAUGCUCGACAGUUAUUCGAGGCGGCGAAGAGGGAGGCCACAAGAAGGAGGCAAGGACCGACUCUCUGCUGCUUCAACUGCUGAGUACCGAACGAGGUGAAGGCGCCUUCGCAGCCGACGGGGGCUCUUCCCUCGCGGCGCUGUGGCAGGGCCUCGCCUCUUUGUCGCCGAAGGAACAGCAAAGAGAAGUCCUCACGGGUGGCAUGUUCCUUCUCGGCGAAAUUCAAGAAGUGCUUAAAGACGGGGGACGCGAGGAACUGGCCCUCGGCCUCCUGGCUAAAGUGCGCACGUCUGUGCUGUCCUGCAGGUUGAAACGGAAGGUCGACAGCCAGCAACAGGCCUUGCUCCAGCCGCAGAAAUACGCAGAGAAGCGACGCCGGCAACAAUGCAAGAAGAAACUGUCAAAAAAAAGAAAGGUCGCGCUCCUCAUUGCGAAAAACCGAGGCGGAAAACGAAGAGAGAAAUCCUGAUAAGCAGCUACCGGCACGACUCCUUUGUUUGCCUUUUUCGAGGUGUCCUCUUCUUGUUGAGGAAAGUCGGGUUUCCUUUGCCGAGCAGUAUGUUUUUUGACGUGAGUGUUCCGCCGAUGGCCUGAUUCUCUGGACGUCUAUUUUUUCUUUUGCAGCGCAGUGGUUCUGAUGUGAGUGUACGGAUAAUAUUGACGCACCGUCGCUGACGAACCGCCUGUAACACUCUGGAACUGAUGUCUCCAGUAUUUGUAGACAGAAACGUCGCUACGCAGGUUCCCGUUUGACUCCGUAUCCGGAACAGCAACGUGAUUUCGGUAUUGCUUUGAGAAUAUUGGAUUGAAGUCCCAAAAUCUACUGUUGGCCAGGGCAUACACACAAACGUGCGCGUUUCAUCGUCUCGAGGCG